AUGGACGAGAUUCAUGCCUAUGUUAAAAAGGCCCUCACCAAUCAUCCAGACCUUGCACCUGCAUUACAACUGAACCUCACCCGAAAGUGCUUCAUUAGAGAGUGGGUUGAUCUGGCCGUUCGAGCUUUGAUUCGGACUUCUUGGCAUCAGCUGUUGAGAGAGGAUUGGGAUCUUAUAGGCAUAGAUGCAUUAUUCCUCAUUCAAACGGCCAAAGCUAGCAUCGACGCUCACCGCAUGACUUGUGCGAUCAACCCACCACCUGUCAUUCACACACUGUGGUGCCUCGAUGAAGAGGAUUGUACAAAGGCAUGGAAGGACGCAUGGUUUGGAACCUGGGAUCGUCCAAGCAUCAUGCUGGCUUUGAUACAUCCUGAUAUCCACGUUCCUGGGGCUGAUAUUGUUGCACGUCUGGAGAAGUUGAAUACAGGAGAGAUGUCCAAGGAUUGUCGAGAAUGCACCAUUGCACGUGUCAUUGGGUCGGCAUUGCAGAAGAGCAUUCUGCGCAAGGAGGAGGAUAUAAUUUCAUGGGUAAUUGCAGAGGUUGGACACACUUUGCUCUGA